AUGUCGGUUCAUGAUGAGAAGAUCGACCAUGCCGUCUCACGCUUGACGGACGCUGGCCUCUCCGAUGACAAUCCAAACAAUGCUAUUGACGAUGUCGACUCCCGUAUUAGCUCCAAUAAAUGGAUCAUCAUCGGCAGUGUUAUCGGCGGCGUAGUCUUGCUGACGGCCAUGACUCUGGCCUUGGUCUAUUGGAGGAGAUAUCGCAAGCGCAAGGCCUACAGCAUAGUCCAUAGAGGAAUGGAUAUGCCUCAGCCCCCUGGAGGGCCUGGCAUGAGCGGCGGCUUGAUGCCGCUCUGGAUGCAACGUUCGCAGCGGAACCAGAACCGAGGCCCCUCCAUCAUCGCCACACCCCCGAUCGAGGGCACCGACUCGGAGCGCCUGCGUCGCUACUCCACCUCCGGGCUUCCCCGUUCGGCGCGCGAGUCCUUCUCCACGCGCGACGUGUUCAACGCAGAAAAGGAAUUGGAGCCCACCGAGAACGACAGCCUGACUGUCGGUGGCAGCAAGUUCCGCGAGAAUGAGUUUGGCUCAGCCUAUGACGGCGUGGAGACGGGCUAUGGGAGUGGUGGGCCGGUGGAUGCGGGCCUGGGUGGAGAUCGCAGGAGUCAGAUGUGA